AUGCGUGGAAUUACUGGGUAUCACAUCAUGAUAGUCUGGAAGUACUUCGACAACAUUACAGACUUAAUUAACUUGGAGUUGGUAUGCAAGAAGUUUGGUGGUAAUAUGGAGAAGUUUCACUUCAAUCCAUUUCCGUUGAAUUCCAAAACACUUGAAUACUUCCCAAACAUCGAGAUACUUCAUUUGUGGAAUAAAAAAGAUGAGAAUUUUGGCAAUGGAUUUAUGACGAACACAGAAGAAUAUGAAGAUAGUGAAAAUGAAGUUGUUUUAAAAAGAGAAUUUUAUCGAAUCAUUGUGUGGUUCAAUGUUAAUUUUGAAACUGUUGACAGAAACAAAAGUCGAAACAUCGAGUUUAAAAAUGUUACUAACACUCAAAAUGAUAGAAAGAAAUUUGGUAAUAACAUGCUAUCGAGUGUGACAUCAAUUGGUGAAUAUUGUUUCAGUGGAUGUAGUAGUUUAAGUAGUGUUACUAUACCAUUAAAUAUAAUAUCAAUUGGUAAUUAUUGUUUUUAUGAAUGCAAUAGUUUUAGUGAUGUUAACAUUCUAUUGUAUGUGAUAUUAAUUGGUGAUUAUCUGUGGAUGCAGUAUGUUACAAUACCACCAAGUGUCACAUCAAUUAAUAUUGGUUGUUUCAGUGGAUGCAGUAGAUUGAGCAGUGUUAACAUACCAUCGAGUGUUAGAUCAAUUGGUUGUAAUUGUUUCAGUUAUUGUUAUAGUUUGAGUAGUGUUAAAAUACCAUCGAGUGUGAGAUCAAUAGGUGAAUAUUGUUUCGAUAGAUGUAUAAAUUUAAGCAGUGUUACAAUACCAUCAAGUGUUAUAUCACUUGGUUGUGGGUGUUUCGUAGAUUGUAAAAGUCUGAGAAGUGUGACAAUACCAUCAAGUGUCACGUUGAUUGAUAAAAAAUGUUUUUUAAAAUGUAACAAUUUGAGUAAUAUUGUUAUACAAUCAAGUGUUACAUCAAUUGGUGAAUAUUGUUUUUUAAAAUGUGAAAAACUGAGUAGUGUAACAAUACCUAAAAGUGUGAUAUCACUUGGCAAACAUUGUUUCGAUGGAUGUUCGAGUUUGAGUAAUAUUGUAAUUCCAAAAAGUGUAAAAUUGAUAGAAGACAAAUGUUUUAUGGGAUGUAACAGUCUUGGUAGUGUGACUAUAUUAUCAAGUGUUACUUUUGUUGGUGAUAAUUGUUUUCCAGCACACACUACUAUUAUUCAAAAGAUUUUUAAGAAAGAUUUGUAUUGUUACAACUUGAAUAAUGAUACAAAUAUUAUACAUCUAUUACAAUACUAUUUCGAGUCAUAUGCUUUAAAUAUGUUUUUCGUCGUUGAUAAGUGCUUGUUUAUUCUUGAAUUUUUACAAAAAAUAGAGUUUAUAUCAGCUUUGCAGUCUAUUGUUAUAGUUUAG